AUGACGAUGAGCCUGGCGAAAUAUGAGGACUUUACAGCCUUAAUUCGGCGCGUCGAUCCUUCUUCCAGAAUCCACUACCGUCACUUAUUUCAACUUCUCACUUCAAUUAUGUCGUUCCUUCGAGGCGGUGCCGCUCCUUCUGGGGGCGUUAACACGGACAAGAUUGAGAUGGCCAUUACCGAGCUUGACACGGUGACCGACUUCUUCAACCGCAUGGUGCAGUCAUGUCAUGCCAAGUGCAUUAGCUCACGAUACGCCGAACCCGACCUGAACAAGGGCGAGAGCGUCUGUAUUGACAGAUGCGUGGCGAAGUUCAACGAAGUGCAGAAAAAGGUCGGAGAGAAGCUUCAAAGUCGAGGAGCUGCCAAUGCAGCAGCAGCAGGAGGGCCGGGAUUUACCUCGCUAUAA